ACCGGCGCGCGCUCUCCGCGCGAGACUUUUGACACAGUCCCCAGCACGCGCAUUGCGUCCAGAUCGCGGACGGUGCUGGAGGCAUCCACUUCUGAUCCUGUAAUAACUCGGAUUAUACUACAAGGAAUAUGAAUACGUUACGAACUGCGACCUUUCUCGUCCAUUGCCUCGUGUUACUCAAGGUGUGCAGUGGCGCCUCUGUGGACAGGUAUGAGAGUGCCAAACCCAGAACAACAAUGGUCAACCUUUUUCACACCCUAGAGAAAGCGAACACAACCGGACACCACCUGGACAGAGGGACAAAUGUGGAUGAAGAUUAUGAUGAAGAUUACGAUCUGUCUGUGGAUUAUGACUCCAACGAGCCAAGAGUUGCGUUUUCCACCAAACCCAAACAUCCGUCGGCCGUUCCCACUACGGAGAAGAAGACAAAAAAGGGAAAAAGGAAGGGCAAAGGAAAAGGCAGGGGAAGAAAGGAGAACCCCUGCCUGAAGGAAUACAAAGAUUUCUGCAUUCACGGAGUGUGUCAGCAUCUGAAGGAGUUGAACACUCAUUCUUGUGUAUGUAAUGCAGGAUACUCGGGAGAGAGAUGCCAUAUAUUCACGCUGCCAGUUAGUAAAGAGAAACAGCGUUACAGCCGGACCACAGCUCUAGCGGUUAUAGCGGUGGUCCUGUCCCUCAUGUGUCUCGCAGUCAUCGCUAUUCUGCUGGCGCUAAGGUACCACAAAAAAGACGACGCUGAUGUAGAAAGUGAAGAAAAGGUCAAACUUGAGGCAACGUCGGUGCAGAAGUGAUGAGGGAAGAAAGGACGAAGAAACCCAAAAGGGCAUGCGACCCAUGGAUGGAUGGCGUUGAGGACUGAGGAGUAAGCAGGGACGCAGUUUCUAGAUCAUCGCUUUACAAAAAUCCUUGCCCCUGUUUAAAUCGAUCCCAUGGCCCUGACGUCCUGCAGUCGUGGCGGCCGUCUACACUGCCGUGAAGGAUGUUUUGAACGCAGUACAAUGUCCUUACGAACCUAUUCUCCCGGUGGAGAACGUGCAUACAGAGAGGACUGAACCGGAUGAAUGUAUAGCGACUUUAAUCAAGUUGCUUUUUUGUUCAUUGCUUAUUUAUUUAUUCUUAAAAAGGGUGUUUCUGGUUUCUCCCGUCAGUUUCAAUUUAUAGUACUGUCGGAAACACCACGAAGCACUUGUAAUUAUUUAUUUAUAAUGUAUUGGAUAUUUAUUUUGAUACGUAACAAUUCUGUGCACUGUAAGUUUUUGUAUAUGUGUGUUUUUAUUGUAUAGAUAUUUAUUAUCGAUAGAUACAAUCAAAUAAUGUUCUAAUAGGACUGAAGUUGCAUGACAGACUUUGCAAUCGCACGCGGAAGAGCCUUCGGUAAAGUUCGAAUAAUAUUUUAGCUAAACUGUGAAGUAAACCGAUUUGCGGAGCUCUAAAAAUGCAAUCCAUUAAAUCAUGUACUGUGGAGGAAUGUCAGAGGCAGGGCUUUGUAGGUCUACUGAGAAAGUGUAGCUUAAAUUAAGUGAAAUAAAAUGGAAUAUGUUUAUCAAAGUGCUAUGUGUAUAGUGUAAAAUAACAUGAUUUCAUUUACUAAUUUUAAGCAGUGAUAACCAAACAUUUUUAGCUGUUUUACUUUAAUAAACAAUUGUGUAAUAAA